GCUGCAUAUGGAUGACAGUGCUUCAAUCGAAUAUUAUGAUUAUUAUUAUUAUUAUUUAUUAUUCAUGUCAUGUUUGGCCGCGACGUGGGAAUUAAUAUUGUCCAACCUCUCUCCCUUGUCUUCUGCACCACACACACGCGCACGCGCCGCGCGCGUGCUUAUAUCUUAGCACCAACUUUUUUUAGCACCAUUUUAAAUUUAAUUAAUUAUUAAAUUCCUUCUGUACUCCAUCGUCACCGGAGAGGUAUUGUAUUACUAUGGCCGUUUUCUCCGUCAACAAUCUCCGGCCAUCCUACUUGCCGUCACCGCCGCAACUCCUUGGAAAUCGGCUUCGCAGCUUCUCAAAUACACUCCUACCGUAUUUCGACGGUAAGCAGCCGAAGAAUUCUCGCUCUAACCCUGCCGCCGUUCCUCCAAUUUCUUCCGUCUCCUCCGCCGAUCUGGACGUUCACCAAACGCCUGCUUCCACGCGUGGUAGCAGCAGUGGAUGGGCGAAAUUUUCGGAUAAUGUGUCCGGUGAGUGGGACGGAUUCGGAGCCGAUUUCACGGCGGAGGGGAAGCCUAUCGAGCUGCCGGAGAAUGUAGUUCCGGAGGCUUACAGAGAAUGGGAGGUUAAAGUCUUCGAUUGGCAGACGCAGUGUCCUACCCUCGCCCAAACCGAGUCCGGUAGCCAUCUCAUCUCCUUCAUCUACAAAUCCAUUAAGCUCCUUCCAACUGUCGGAUGCGAAGCCGACGCCGCCACCAGAUUCGCCGUUCAGGAGAGGUGUGUAACAAAUGCAUCCUCUGAGUGCGAAUCCUUCCCCUUCGCAUACCAAUCUUCAGGCUGCUAUGUAGCAUUGUGGCCUCCGCAGCCUAUUUCCAUGGCAGAUUAUCGACUGAUGGAGUUGGAGCACUGUUUGAUUGAUCCCCAAGACAAAGAGUCGAGAGUUCGAAUCAUUCAGCUCCUCGAGGCAGGAAACUCCGAGCUGAAGCUGCGGCAAAUCACUGUGUUUGUCGAGCAAUGGUACGGUCCAUUCAGGAACGGCGAUCAGUUGGGCGGAUGUGCCAUUCGCGACUCUGCAUUUGCCGCCACCCAGCCCCUCGAAGCCUCACAGGUUUCCGUCGUAUGGCAGGGCGCCGCUGCUGUUGCCGCCUUCGACAAUACACGGCAUCAUUCGAUUGAAGAACUCCGGGGCGUAUCUGUGCGCAAAUCAGUCCGAGAUGUCGAUAGCAUCGUAUUACUCCCGAAGCAACUAUGGUGUUCGGUGCAGAAGACAGAGGACCUGGAAACUUGCUGCGAAGCCGGAUGGUUGUUAUCUCCCGGCCACGCCAUAACUUCGAAAUGCACCUUCUCAAACUCCGGAGAACUCAAGGAGAUUGCAGUAGCAACAGAAACUAUAGUGCCCCUUUAAUGGCAGAAGAUCAGGUUACAAUCCAGAUGGUUAAAAAGAAAACACGAGCAAUCCGACGGGGAAAUUUAGACACAAUUGAUUGCGAAAAUGAAAAAAGGUAGCCAUAGAUGCAGGAAGAUAAUCACAUGCACCGUUUCUAAGAUCGACAAGUGUGGAAGAAGAAUAACUGAUCUAAGCUAGCGAACUGUUGAAUUUGUUAUUAUAUGCAAUACAACAUUGCAGGUAAGUUUUGGAAUACACAAGUUAUACUGUAACAUAGCUCAAAUAACUCAGAACCAGGUUUUGAUCGCCGUACCACUGCCAAUACAUGAAGUUUCUUUGCUUUUA